GGUCUUUGGUCUUUCGCCACUGUCACUGUUCUGUUGGCUACUUUCAACCUGUUCUUGCCUGACAAGCCUAACCAUAUUAUGCUCCCCAGUGCUUUGGUCUUUGGUGGUCUUGCUCAGUUUAUUGCUGGCUACAUGGCUUUGUUCCGUAACAACACUUUCGGUGGUACUUUGUUUGUUUCUUACGGUGCUUUCUGGGCUGGUUCCGGUCUCAUGAUGCUUCCCUCAGUGAGCAGCACUUUGGAUGCUUAUGGUUCCGCCCACGAUCUUGCUAUCGCAACUGGCAUUUACAAGCUUUUCUGGUCUUUCUUCUCGUUGAUGAACGUGUGUAUCUCUCUCAAGGUCCAAGGUGGUAACUUCAUGCUUACUUGGUGUGUAUCCUUUGUGUUCUUGACCCUGCUGUUCGAAGGCUUUGGUGCCCUCUUCAGCCUUAUCCCUCUUAUCCGUGUCUCUGGUGUCACCGCUUAUCUCGCCGGUUUGGGUGCCUACUAUUUGGGUAUCGUCGAUCUGUUCGAGGAACAAGGCGUCCACCUUUGGAUGGGUGUUUACAAGCACUAA